CUGCAAAUCCCAGUAUUCUUAUCUUUCAACACACUCACAUAUCUUUCUCUCUAUAAAAAUCCAAAUUUUCUUUUCUUCAUUUAAUAAACCCAGAAAAGAUCUUCGAAGAGUACCCAUAUCUCUUCAACAAAUCUGAUUCCACAUCACUAACACCCUAUUGCUCCUAAUUUACAGAAACCCUAGUUGAUUCUUCUUUUUCCCCCAAAUCUCUGUUACCACAUUCAUCGGAGAGAGUGGGGGGAAGAAGCAAAAGAUCGAAUUUUCAUCGCCCCCGGUUAAUUUAUUUGGGGGAAUUCUGUAGAUUAGGGCGGCAAAAGAAGUGGUGAAUUCCGAAGUGAGAAUAUUUUGAAGAAAUUUUCAGUGGAGAGUGUCAGAGAUGAAGCACAUUGAGAGCCCAUCAACCCCUGGGAAAUUCAAGAUGGAGAAGCCUCCUUACAAUCGGCUGCGGCUGCAAUCUUCAAUAGCUAAGCUUGCUUUUUGGUCUUUAGUAUUUAUUGGGAUGAUGUUCGUAUUCUUUUAUAGAUCACCGUCUUCAUCGAACCCCGCCCCCUCAGAUCGUUCUAGAAGGUCCCUUACUAGCUCAUAUGCAGGCCCUAGUUUCGAGAAAAGGGUUAGACAGUCUGCUAAACCUAGGUCGAAACAUGGUAUGUCUGUGUUGGUCACAGGGGCUGCUGGUUUUGUAGGCACUCACGUCUCGGCCGCCCUUAAGAGGCGAGGCGAUGGCGUUUUGGGGCUUGAUAAUUUCAAUAGUUAUUAUGAUCCUUCGCUUAAGAGGGCGAGGCAGGCGAUGCUGGAGCGCAGUGGGGUGUACAUUGUGGAGGGGGAUAUCAAUGAUGGUGCAUUGUUAGCUAAGCUGUUCGAUAUCGUGCCAUUUACUCAUGUUAUGCAUCUGGCAGCGCAGGCUGGCGUGCGUUUUGCCAUGAAGAAUCCUAACUCGUAUGUGCACAGUAACAUUGCUGGCCUUGUUAGUAUGCUCGAGUUUUGCAAGAAUGCGAAUCCUCAGCCUGCUAUAGUUUGGGCAUCGAGUAGUUCGGUGUAUGGACUGAACACAAAGGUGCCCUUUUCCGAGAGGGAUAGGACUGAUCAGCCUGCUAGUUUGUAUGCAGCUACUAAGAAGGCCGGUGAGGAGAUUGCACACACGUAUAACCACAUAUAUGGGCUUUCGCUGACAGCGUUGAGGUUUUUCACGGUUUAUGGGCCUUGGGGCAGGCCGGACAUGGCUUACUUCUUCUUUACCAAGGAUAUCUUGAAAGGGAAGUCUAUUCCGAUCUUCGAGGCGACUAAUCAUGGCACUGUGGCGAGGGAUUUCACCUACAUUGACGAUAUAGUGAAGGGGUGUUUAGCUGCUCUGGAUACCGCAGAGAAGAGUACUGGAAGUGGUGGCAAGAAGAAGGGGAAAGCUCAAUUGCGCGUUUAUAAUUUGGGGAACACGUCUCCUGUGCCUGUGGGGGAUCUUGUGAGCAUUUUGGAGAAGUUGCUUAAGGUGAAGGCAAAGAGGCUGGUCAUGAAGUUGCCAAGGAAUGGUGAUGUGCCGUUUACACAUGCUAACAUAAGCUUGGCUGAGACGGAGCUUGGCUAUAAGCCUACAACGGAUCUGCGUACUGGAUUGAAGAAGUUUGUUCAAUGGUAUCUUAGUUACUAUGUAGAUGGCAAGAAGAGCUCACAUUGAUACAGUUUCUAUUUUUCCAUGAAUUGUGCGGUUGGGUCGUUCUAUUCUUGUUCAUUUUGAUUCAUAUGAUUGUUUUAUGAACUGUUUUGUUCACUCCCUUCUAUUAUCUUUUAUCACAUAUCUUGAUUUUGUCA